AUGGAAAACAAAGCUGAAUCUGAGAAACCUAAAGGGAAAGGGAUUCCAAUUCAUGGAGGCAAGUACGUUCGGUACAACGUCUUAGGCAACCUUUUCGAAGUCUAUGCUAAGUACGCACCUCCUCUCCAACCCGUUGGUCGCGGCGCAUACGGCAUAGUUUGCUGCGCCACAAAUUCGGAGACCAAAGAAGGAGUUGCGAUUAAGAAGAUUGGAAAUGCGUUUGACAACAGGAUCGAUGCCAAGAGGACGCUCAGGGAAAUCAAGCUUCUCUGCCACAUGGAACAUGAUAACAUAAUUAAAAUUAAGGACAUAAUUCGGCCAGCGGAGAGGGGGAAUUUCAAUGAUGUGUAUAUUGUGUAUGAGUUGAUGGACACUGAUUUGCAUCAGAUUAUACAGUCUAAUCAGGCUCUCACGGAUGAGCACUGUCAGUACUUUUUAUAUCAACUCUUGCGAGGAUUGAAGUACAUACACUCUGCAAAUGUUUUGCACCGAGAUCUAAAACCAAGCAAUUUACUUCUCAAUGCAAACUGUGAUCUCAAAAUAUGUGACUUUGGGCUUGCCAGAACAACCUCAGAGACGGACUUUAUGACAGAAUAUGUCGUCACUCGAUGGUACAGGGCCCCUGAAUUAUUAUUGAAUUGUGCAGAAUACACUGCUGCUAUUGAUAUUUGGUCGGUUGGUUGUAUUUUGAUGGAGAUAAUUAGAAGGGAACCUUUAUUUCCUGGUAAAGAUUAUGUCCAGCAGUUGGCCCUUAUAACUGAGUUACUAGGUUCACCAAAUGACUCGGAUCUGGGGUUCUUAAGAAGUGAUAAUGCAAAGAAAUAUGUUAAGCAGCUUCCACAUGUAGAAAAACAGUCUUUUGCUGAGAAGUUUCCUGAUAUGUCCUCGUUAGCAAUAGAUCUUGCUGAGAAAAUGUUGGUCUUUGAUCCCUCCAAGCGAAUAACUGUCGAGGAAGCACUGAAUCAUCCAUAUAUGGCCAGUCUUCAUGAGAUCAAUGAGGAGCCCAUUUGCCCAACUCCUUUCAUCUUUGAUUUUGAGCAGACGACUCUCAACGAAGAAGAUAUAAAAAAGCUCAUAUGGAGGGAGUCUCUAAACUUCAGCCAGGAUCAAAUGUUGGAAUAG